CCCUCCCGUCUCCGGUCUGCGUCACUAACAGCUCCUCCGGUGUUUCUGUCCGUUUGUUUGUUUCUGCACGUUAACCGGGAGAAAGACCCCCAGAACCGGCAGCUGUCCACACACACAGAGGUCCGGUUGAGGACAGACGUUACCUGACGGGGUUUCUUUUUGCUGAGUCACUGCUUCACCUGAACCCUGCUGUUAGUGUGACUGACUGAGAGCCUCCAUCCAUCCUUCAAUCCACCACUGCUGCUGCACUAUGAGUGUAUGAUGUCUGACAGCAGCUGCUAUGGCCUGCAGCGGUCCGGGCAAAGCUGAGACUCUGGAGGGUUUCCACGAGGUGAACCUCGCCUCCCCCACCACACCUGACCUCCAGAACCAAUCAGAGCAGCGCCCCCCCAGCCGUCACAGUGCGCCCCCCACCAUUCUGUACCGCACACACUCCCUGGGAGCGCCCCCUGCUGGCCGCCCCACCUCCCUGCGGGCCGACCAGCUCCCCACGCAGCCCGUCUACUCCACACCCCACAGCCACAAUGGAAGUGCACCGGGCCAGGAGGCGGAGUCUCUGGACGGCCACUUCCUGUCUGCAGAGGACGGAGAGGAUUGCAGCGCUCUGAGCGAGAGUCUGUCGAGGCUGAGGAGCCCGUCAGUGAUGGAGGUCCGAGAGAAAGGAUACGAGAAGCUGAAGGAGGAGCUGGUGAAGGCCCAGAGGGAUCUGCUGUUGAAGGAUGAGGAGUGUGAGAGGUUGUCUAAAGUCAGAGAUCUGCUGGGCCAGGAGCUGGAGGAGCUCACCGCCAGCCUCUUCCAGGAAGCCCACAAAAUGGUCCGAGAGGCAAACGUCAAGCAGGCAAACGCUGAGAAACAACUGAAGGAAGCUCUGGGGAAGAUCGACGUCCUGCAGGCGGAGGUGCAGGCGCUGAAGACUCUGGUCCUCUCCUCCCCCACCUCCCCCCUGGGGGAGCUCCCCUCUGUGGGGGGGGGAUCCAAGACCCCCUUCAGGAAGGGCCACAGCAGGAACAAGAGCACCUCCUCCGCCAUCAUGGGGACGCAGCCCGACCCCUCGGCCACGCAGCCAAUCGUACGCGAGUGCAGAGAGGUGGACAGUCAGCUGUUCAGCGACUUCAAGGCGUGGAGGGAGGAGCCGACGCUGGAGCGCAGCUGCUGCUUCCUGGAGAGAGUUUACCGAGAGGACAUCUACCCCUGCCUCACCUUCAGCAAGUGUGAGCUGGGGUCGGCCAUCUUGGAGGCGGUGGAGCAGAACACCCUCAGCGUCGAGCCGGUCGGGUUCCAGACGCUGCCCGUCGUCAAGGCCUCAGCUGUAGAGUGUGGGGGACCAAA